AAGCAUGAGAAAGCGACCAGCGCAAAGCUCAUCAGCGAAGCAAAGUUGGUCAUUUGAGCGUUCGUCGUGUACGAGCGGACGCAUUGGGACGUUGCUGCGGCACGAUGCGAUGGCAACGGUCAGAGGGGACGGUGUGACAGGCAGAUCUCAUGGCGACGAGACACAUGACUUGGAACGGAGACGAUGACUUGUGACUGAGGCGAUAGCAACUGAUGCAGUGUCGACGUAUCGACGACGUCGACGACGCGCUGGCAUGACGACAUCGAUGGAUGCUCAGGCGCUCCUCGCCCGUACGUCUGACAAGCCAUCUGCAGAUCUCAGCUGCUGGUAGUCGACCAAUGACCGACUCAUCGAGCACGCCGAACGCAGGAGCAAAAGCGAAGAAAACAAAGAACGACGGCAGAGACCCUGAAGUUAUUCGUGCAAAAUUAGAGGAAAGGGCACGCAAGCGAGCCGAGCGAGAGGCAGUUGGCGCACAGCCGCCAUCACUACAUCUGAAACCCGAGCAAGGGAAGCUCAAUUUUAUCAAACGAGAAUGGAUAGAUUUGCGCAAAGAGCAAAGAUGGCAAGAACGAUUCGGCGAACGCAAGCUCAAUGGACGGACUCUGCGGCUCAUGACGUGGAACAUGCUUGCUCAAGGUCUCAUCCGACGCACACUCUUUCCGGGAUCGGAUUGUCUCAAAUGGAAGGAUCGCGGCGCAACACUGACUCGACAGAUUCUCGUCUAUGACCCAGAGAUCGCUUGCUUGCAAGAAGUUGACCGUGUCGAUCACCACGGUCCUAUUCUCGCUCAGGCCGGCUACGACAUGUCAUAUCAUAUCGGAUACAGCAAGAAGGUGCACGGCUUGAUGAUUGCCUGGAAACGAGAUCGUUAUCGACUGUGCACCGCUUUCCAUGGUGCGCGCUUGGAGGAAGCCAAAGCAGAGGAGGCUCCAGAGCCCGGCAGACAAGCCCUGCAAGCUGGCGAGCUGCUUGUUAAGCUUGACGAUGCCGGUCCGGGUCUGAGUCAUGUCACGCGCAAUAUUGGCCUGGCAGUCGGGCUGGAAAGGAUUGAUGAGCCUGCGCAAGGUUGCAUCAUCGUCACGCAUCACCUCUUCUGGCAUGCACGCUACUCCUACGAGCGUGCUCGCCAGAUGGGUCUACUCAUACAGCGCGUGAUGGAAUGGCGAGCUUCGAGUCCGGUAGCGAAGGAUUGGCCCGUCGUCGUUGCUGGCGAUUACAAUUCGCAGCCAUAUGAUGUCUUGUACAGCCUCAUGACCGGCAGUCCUCUCUCAGAGACGCAUCGAGCAAUUUUACAUGACUCGUCCGUCGUGCAUAAGUCUGUAGACGGUGCUUCAGCGAGACGUGUGACGGCAGAGACCGAUAACGACGAAGACGAUCUCCAGGAAGAGGGCGCAGCAGGUGCCGAUUCUAGCAAACGCGAGAAUGGUCUAGAAGACGGACCGAGCUACGUCGAUGCGGAUGGGGACGAGGAUCGCGUUCUCAAAGGUUGUCGAGAGGCUAGAUCUGCAGAUGCCUUGCUUACCCAAGCUCAGCUCGAGGAUCUCUAUCGAGAUCAAAGGUGGCAGAGUGCAUACGGACAUGCCUAUCACCUUGUGGCAUCCGAAGACGGCAAUCGCUUCGGAGAUCGUGAUGAGCGCUGGCAACCGCAGUCCAAGCCGUCCGAAGAGGACGACGCGGUCAAAUUGGGCUGCCAUGAGCCAAUGUGGACCAACUUCACGCCGCUAUGGCGAUGCACGCUCGAUUACAUCUUUGUAGCAUUGCCGAAAGAUAGCGAGCUUAUCGUGACUGGCCUUUUGCCAACUCACCGAACAGCCAUUGCGGAACCUGGGUUACCCCACAGCGAGAAAGAACCGUCAGAUCACUUUUCACUCAUGUGCGAGCUCGUCUUGCCUGCAUAGCGAAAUCAUCACAAUUCGGCUGCUGAAGCAAACAGGCAGCAUUUGAUUCUAAUGCAAGCUGCCAUCUGUCCAUCUUGAUCGCUUGCCGCUCAUCAGUCAUACAAUUUACUUCGUGACAUUGUCCCGCACGCAGCAAACAUGACAUACGCCUUGUGAGGCUUGAAGCGCUUACAGUCGACUCUGCGCUCGCGCUUCUUGUAGCAGACGCAGCCAGAACACAAGGACUGAGCUGACGUUUGACCGCUAUUUUCAAUGCACGAGGAUCCAUCAAGCUGCGCUGACUGAGAACCGAUGAGAAGAGGUUGUGUCGAUCCUGUUGUGACCGAGAGUGAUGAUUAGCAUGCUUACAACAAACAAGUGUGUGCAUCGACUGUGUGUGAUGUGACCGC